AACUUGAGCCGUUCUCAUGUAUUUGUCAGGAAACCGCCGAUGCCUGGACCUGAUGCGCCUCCACCGCCCGAGGCACCUCCCCCGCCUCCUGACGAACCUAUAAAUGCUCGUCCAGCAUGGCGCACAAUGCCACGUAACACCAGGCGCAUUCGCAAGCAACGUCCCGACCAACCACCGGCCCCUGAACCUGGUCCUGCAGCUAUCAGGCCCCCUGUGCAUUCCUGGGCUACCUGGCAUCCAAACCCUGCUAUGGCACCUACGCCGCCAUCGAUUGAGCCUAACCUGAUUGUGCCCGACCAAGGCAGCCCUGGUCUCUUUGGACCUCGCUCACCCCGCAGCUCAUACCACCGGUGAAGAACUAUUACAAAACAAAGUCCUGAAACCAUAUUCUAUGCAUCAUAUCUUACAACUAUCUUGAUGACAUCUAACGACCAUCUUUGCUCCCUAUCUUUAUCUUGCUCAUCGUUUAUCCUCUCCCAUAUCUACUGCUCGCAUCUGCUUUUAUUGUGUUCGUGCUAUGCCAUGAUUUAUGCCGCAUAUCUUGUAAUCUCAUCGUAUUGCUUCUCUGGAGCUGGACUCACGUUGUAUUAAACUUGCAAAUGGAGGCACACUUUUCAGUUUCGAACUGC